GUAGUAAUAGUAGUAGUGAAUUAAAGGAAAAAGUUCUCAUGAGAAAAACAAUUUUUUUUUUGACUGAAAAUUAAAGAAAUUAGUUUAAAAUAGAAACAAUUUAUUGGAAAGUUUUUUUCUUUUCUUUAAUCGGUGUCUUAAAAGCGCGGCGUAUCAUUUUUGCCUUCCAUUACGUAUUUCCAUUUCAUAUUUAAUUUAAUAUUUCGUGACAUACUCAGACUUAUCAGUUUCAAGUUUUUUGAACUCUGUCUAUACCUUUUCCAUGGGUUUGGCAUGGAUUAUUUUUCCAGUCUUCUUCGGCAUUAUAGCUGCUGCUGUUGAGCUUCCUGAUGAACAUCACAAGCUCAUGGACUUGGACAAGUGCUCAUCCAGUGGAAACUGUUUAACAGGUCACUUUUGUAGCUCUUGCCGUAUAGAAUUUCAAGGGCCAAGAUGUGUCAGAUCAUCAACAACAAACCCAUUCAAGCUUUUGAAUACAUCUUUGCCGUACAACAAAUAUGCAUAUCUGACGACACACAAUUCAUUUGCAAUUAAAAAAAGGUCAAUCUGUGGUGCUACUCCUCUAGUAACCUUCAGAAAUCAAGAAGAUACUAUUUCUCAGCAACUAUAUAAUGGAGUUAGAGCCCUUAUGUUAGAUACUUAUGACUACAAAGGUGAUAUAUGGUUGUGCCAUUCAUUUAAAGGAAAGUGCCAUGACUUUACUGCAUUUGAACCUGCCAUAAAUGCUUUAAAGGAAGUGGAAAAUUUCCUAUCAGCAAAUCCAUCAGAAAUUUUGACACUAAUAUUAGAAGACUAUGUUGAAGUACCAAAUGGAUUAACCAACGUAUUCAAAGCUUCUGGAUUGAUGAAAUACUGGUUUCCUGUUUCAAACAUGCCAAAAGAUGGCAAAGAUUGGCCUUUAGUAAAAGACAUGGUUGUUAAAAAUCAUAGGCUCGUAGUCUUUGGUUCUCAGAAGAACAAGGAACAAAGUGAAGGAAUAGCUUAUCAGUGGAACUAUAUGGUAGAAAAUCAGUAUGGGAAGGAUGGAAUGGUUCACGGAAAAUGUCCUAAACGUGAAGAUUCAUCUGAACUCAAUGAUAGAAGCAAACCUUUGGUUUUAGUAAAUCACUUUAGAACAAUUCCAUUCCAACAAGCUACAUGCAAAGAUAAUUCAAAAGACCUCAUAAAUAUGCUUUCUACUUGUUAUGCUGUGGCAGGUAACCGUUGGGCCAAUUUUGUUGCGGUUGAUUAUUAUAAGAGAAGUGAUGGAGGAGGGCCAUUUCAAGCUGUAGAUAUGUUAAAUGGGAAAUUAUUGUGUGGAUGUGAUGAUGUUCAUGCUUGUGUGCAUGGAUCAUCAUGUACAAGAGGAAGCAAAUAAAAAUUCUUGAAAAUGGAGAUCCUGACAGAAAUCCAAAGGCAAUUUUGGUACUGUAUUUUAGAUUACCUGUUCCAAAUUUGUAUUGAUAACUCAAAAAAUAUAUCAAAUAUAUAUCUUGUUUGAAAAGAAAUACAGAAGGUUUCUGCAAAUGCAAUGCAACUAUUCAUAUGCUUCCUUUGCUGUUGUAGUAUGAAAUUGUUUGUCAAGAUCAAGCAGCUCCACAUAUCUUUAAUUGAGUAGAAUAUCUUUUUCUACCUUGUUUAUUUUUUUGUUAUCAACCUUUAAUUUUAAACAUAGUUCCAUCAA